CCUUUAAUUCCGUCGGCGCCCACCACAUGGGAGCAUAAAACCCACUGAUCUUGGCUCGGCUCUCCCAAUUCGCCCAGUUAGCAACAUGGGCUCAAAAUGGUGCGCGUUGGCGUUGGCGGUGGUGGUGCUUCUGGUGGGUUGUGUGAGGUCCAAUAUAGAGCAGGACAGGGCGGAGUGCGCGGACCAGGUGAUUGGGCUGGCCACAUGCCUGCCGUACGUGGGCGGGGCGGCCAAAGCGCCGACGCCGGACUGCUGCGGCGGCCUCAAGCUCGUGCUUCAAAAGAGUAAGAAAUGUCUUUGCGUGUUGAUAAAGGACCGUGAUGACCCCACCCUCGGCCUCAAAGUUAACCUCACUCUUGCUCUUGGACUCCCCACUGCCUGCCAUGCCCCUGCCGACAUAGCCGAAUGCGUCGACCUUCUGCAUCUGCCGCCAAACUCCCAAGAAGCCAAGGACUUUCUGGGGUCUAAAAAUAACACCACUGCUGCAACCACUCCUUCAGCAGCUGCAGCGAGUGGGAAUUCUACAAAAAGUGGAGAAAAUCCACAAGGGAAAAGUGAUGGUGGAAUGAGGAAACAAUGGUUCGGCGUGGAGAUAUUCCUUUGGUUUUUCACUUCAUUGCUUCUACUAAUUUGUAUUUGAUAGUUCAAAUUUUAGUUCUCAUCUCCAUAAUUAUGAAACUCUCUUUCAAGUUUCACCCACGUGAUUCACAACUUUGCAAAAAUAAAGUGUUUGAUCAAUUAAUCAUAAAAUCAUUUUGUCUUCG